AUGCUCACGCCAUUCCCAUUUCUCACUACAUCAAUUUCAACUGAAAUUUCAUGCCUAUAUAGUCCUCUUCAUUUCUUGGUGCUAGACAGUUCUGGCCCGAGUUCCACGGUUCCGCGCACCGUGGAGACUCAAACAAUUCCUAUUUUGAACUCCUCUUCGUCACACCUAAACCCACUAGACUUCCGCAAUAACUUCGCAUCCCCACAAACUAGCACAUGUAGCCCUCAACUUCUUUCUUCACAACCAACUACCACCCCUGCUCAAGCCCCACCUUGGGCAGGUAACCACUUUGCUCCGGCUCCUAGGAAACCCAGAAAGGAUUCCCAAAUCGCCAACAAUACCCUGCGGCCUAACGUUAGCUCAGCUGAUCGGAUAUUGGCAUGGACUUCGCCUUGGUCUAUCGAGAUGAAACUCAGGAACCUAGAAUCAAUCCCUUUACAUAUUCUUCAGCAUGCUGAACAAAUCACAGCUUCGGGUCUCACUGGGCAGACGAAAUCAAACUAUGCCGCGGGGCUUCUACGUUGGCAUCAAUUUUGUGAUAGAGAAUCAAUACCCGAGCUAAUGCGUAUGCCCGCUUCAGAAGUCCUAAUUGCAGGUUUUGUUGGCGCACAUGCAGGAACAGUCUCAGGUAGCACGAUCCGAUCGUGGCUCUCAGGUAUACGGGCUUGGCACAUCCUCAACAGAGCUCCAUGGCCUUCAAACUCGGAAUUUAUUACACUUGCUCGACGGGCUGCGAACAUCAAAGGAAGCCAACAUAAGCGUCCACUUCGCAACCCAAUCACUCUCCAGCAUCUGCUUGUUCUCCAUUCCGCUCUCGAUUUCAAUAUCCCGUUUCACUGUGCUAUCUGGGCAAUUGCCCUUAUCUGUUUCUGGGGAUGUCGCCGUCUCGGCGAACUGACAAUACCCUCCAAAUCCUCCUUUGACCCCAAGUUCCAUGUCAUCCGCUCAGGUAUUCUAUCUGAUUUUCUUCUGCAAUCUUCGCGAGCUCGCAUCAAAUUUCACAUUCCAUGGACCAAAUCAACAAAGGAACUCGGUGCCGAUGUCGUCGCUUCUAGACAACCAACCAGCCUAUGCCCAUGCAAAGCUUUUGAACAACAUUGGCAGAUGAACGCCGCCGUCCCUGAAGGCUCCUCAUUAUUCAGUUUCAUUGACAAAUCGGGUUGCUCUCAACAUAUGACAAAAUCCAUUUUCCUCAAAUUCGUUUCCGAUAUCUGGACACGCGCUUCAAUGCAACAUGUACUCGGACACAGUUUCCGUAUCGGCGGGGCUGUCGAACUCCUUCUAGCCGGUGUUGCACCUCAUGUUGUGGCAGCAAUUGGAGGUUGGACCUCUCUUGCUUUUCUCAUAUACUGGCGUCGUCUGGAGGACAUUAUCAUCUCCCAGGUCGCAGAUGCUUAUGACAAGCGUUGGGAUCGGGUACGCAAAGCAAUGGAGGAUUACAGGAAGGCAAAUAAAAUUUCGGCCACUCUUAUUGACAGCUGCAUCCGCGGCGAGGAUACUGAAUUAUCUGAGGACUAA